UUGUGAAAUCGACGUCCUUUUUCUUCAUUCAAAAGCACACGAGCAUAUUAUUAUCCUUAACUUUCAAGAGGAAUAGCCUAAAACGAGUGUCUCUUGCUGCUUUACAGUAAGAGUUGUUUACAAUAAGCGAGGAGACUGCGAUUAGUGAGGAUUCAAAAUGGGAGCCCAGCAGAGUAAUUACCCCCCGGGGUCAUUAAACACCACCACAAUGCAAGGUCCCCAGGGCGCGCUCCAAUCAGGGGCCCACUCCCCUCUACCGGUGGACGCGGUGCCGUAUAGAGGACCCAAGCUAGAGUAUCACAUGAUCAACAUCACAGCCAAGAUGGAUGUGCAAGCUGGAUUCUUUUCUGGAUCCAUGGUUACAACAAACGUUGAUGCUUACUACCCCACACUGGUUCAGCCAUACCAACAUGGCUUCAAGAUGAUUCAGUUUCAGACGAUUCCAGGAGUCAGAUCACAAGCAGGAUGGUUCAGUCAGGCAGUCCCGUUCCAAGCGGUGCUCACAAGAGCAAUCGGAGUGCCUCCCCCCCAUGAGAGAUGGAAUCUGCAGAUUGUAAAGAGUUUCAUUGAGCUUCAAGUAUUUUAUUCCUUCUCAUCUUGGUCUACAAAUGGCCAAAUGGCAAAUACCACUGAUGUUAUGACAAAGAUCAUGGAUAUGACCCAGAAAGGAGCCAGACUUAUCUGCAUUGAAGCGACGGGGAUGCAACAACAGGCCUCCUUUUCUUCUGGACUUCGCGGUCAUGCUGGCACUAUCGGAAUAGACCUACUCUUCCAUGUCCCUCAGCACCCCAACCCCACCCCCUACGUCUACCAUGGUAUCCAUGUGCCUAUUAGCUACAAGAUCCGAGCGGGGUUCGGCCAACCCAGUUACCAAUGCAUGACGGACCUUAAUGCCCAGUUUGGAUCCUUUUUGAACCAAGGAUGGAAGCUGGUAGAGAUUAAUCUGGAUUCGUCGCAAAUGCAGAGAGCCACUGGUUUCACAACGGGACAGAUUUCCAUGAAUUCCAUGUGGUUCUUUGAGAAGGAAGCUGCCUAUGUGAACGACCCCACACCGAGAUGGCAGGGAACUAUUAUAUCAUACCAACACAAAAUCAAGGCUCAGUUUGGUGGUGUGGCAGCAUCCAGACACAACUGGGACCCCAUCCUAGUGGAGAUGGGUCAACGAGGCUGGGAGUUGACCUGCAUCCUAGAGACGCCAGAAACCCGCCAGAGCGGACUGACCACGGCAACCACGACGGUCCUUCUAUUCUUUCAGAGACCCAUCCUGUAGGGAUGCGUAACCAUGGCAACAAAUUUCUACAUAGGACAAAUUCAACUCGUUACAUGCAUGGAAUAGGUCCAAACUUUAUGAAGACCGGGGGUGGGCAUGGGUGUUGCUUGAUGGAUGAAAUGCAAAAGCAAAUAUGACCUCCCUCCUAUUCUUUCAGUGGCCCAUUUUCUAGGUUUUUUAUUUUUAGGAAUAUAUUCAAAUACAGGGCCAAACGAAUAGCGGAUAAAAUCAAACUCUUUCUCACCUGCAGAGUUGCGGAAACACAAAUGUAACCAACCAAACAAAAAUUUUAAUAUUUAGGAAUAAUUUCAAUAUCUGUUUCUUUCUGAGGCCCAUUCUCUCUCUUGAUGCAGGGUGGCGGGAAACAAUUAAUUUAUUUGUUUAUUUUUCAAGGGAGAAAUUCCCGCUUAUUUAAUUUUUUCUAGAAUAUCUUCUAGUGAUGCAUAGCCAAGGAAAUGCACCAUUUUCAAUUUUCAAUUUUUUUUUUUUUUUUUUUGGGGGGGGGGGGGGGGAAGGAGAGGUGGAUAAAUUUAACUUCAUUCAAAUGCCCAUCCUGUAGGAAUGCAGGGUCAGAAAAAACGCAAACGACUCAAAGGAUCAAAUACCCUUAGAAUUCUCAUAAAAUCAUUUAUAUGAACAUGCAGGACCUCGGUCUGUAAGAAUUUACAUAUGCAAUGCACAUCUAUCUUAAUGUACAGAUCUUAUUCUAGUGCAUAUAUUUUGUUGCGAUCAAGCGGAUAAGUCACAGGACUGUGGAUCACAUGGUACUAGGUUUGAAUCCCGCUGCGACACUAAUGUCCUUUGGCAAGGCAUUAAUCUGCAUUCGCCACACUCGACCCUGGUGUAGUAUACAGGAAACCCGGUAGGAGUCAUUCCUUCAAUACACUGAGCGCCAUGGUCGCUGGAGCUAAUGCCAGAGAAAUAAUAUCCAAAGUUCUUUAGAAGCGAUGUUAUAUCAUAAUGUGAUCUGCGUUGUUCGAGAACUGCAUAAUACUAUUAUUUUUGGGGUCACAACGGUGCACCACAGCCUUACUUUAGUUUGUGGGAUAGAUGAGCCUUCCUUUUGCUACUACACUUUAGGUAAAAUGUCUUUGACAAACAUUGAAUGUGUUUCUUCAAAGUGUUUAAAAGAUAUCAACUUCAGAGCGAACACUGGCCAGUAGACUGAGCAAUGCAAAGGGUACUACUACCACAUCAACUCUGCUCAAAUACAUAUGUAUUUAUAUUCUCUAUGGGAAUAUGUAUGUUCUUAUGAAUGCGCGUUUGUGGGUGUCUGCGUGUGUGUAUGGGUGUGUGUUUAUGUGUACAAUGUAGAUUAAUAUAGUGCAUCUUCUAGUGAACAUAUACAUAUACAGGUGUACAUACAUAUAUACAUGGUAAGAUGUUGACAAUAGUUUUUAUGAAAUUAACUGCAGAACUAACUUUUUUAUUUCAAAAAUAUGAUGUGAACAAUAUAUUUUUCAUUGGUUAUAUUAGCAGUCCAAUUAGAUUAGAUUGGAGUACCUAGAUGUAAAUUGGAAUUUGGGGUAAAUAUCUCUUUGUCAUGAUUCUGUGUUACCAGUCGGACUUGGCCUUGUGUGAAGGGGAUGAUAUUACAAAGCUGAUACUGAUGUAUUGUUCACAAAUAAGUUCUCUGAAAAAUUAUAUUGUCAAUUCAUGUUUUAUUCCAUGAGUGACAUGACUUUUAUUCUGAGCUUGAAAAAA